UACCAAAAUGCCUUGUUCUGCGGUGACGCUGUCCCUCGCGACCAUAACCGGUAUCAUUGCCACUGGCCUCUUGGCAAUCGCCUUUUCUACAGACAACUGGCUCUACACCGAGGUUAAACGCGCCCAAAUCCAGCAAUAUGCAGCCAAGCAUGCUGAACAGAACCAUUUAGUGGAGCAAAUGAAUACAAAAUACUAUUACUAUACAAGAACACAGGGUCUCUUCAGGAUAUGCUAUCCCAAAGAAAGACCACCGACUGUUCAAACCUAUCUAAGUCCUGUGGAGACACAUUGUAUGAACAUUAAUUACUUCAUCCCCGAUGAAGAAAAUUUAACGAGAGGCUUCUCCGAUGACGCAAUGACUCGACUUCACAUGGGCAGAUCUGUGAUAGCUCUGUUUAUAGUGGGAUUUGUUGCAAUUUUUACGGCAUUCUGGACGGGAGUGGUAGGCUGUUGGAAGAGGUCACCAGGAAAUAUCACAGCCACUGCAAUCUUGAUGUUGCUAGCAUGCUUAUUAAGCGCUAGCGCAAUGGGUCUUUGGCACGGAGUGGAGUAUUACGAGAAAGAGAAAAUCGUCGGAGAAGAGUAUUAUCAACAAUGGAACAACGUUUUAAGAGACAACACGGUGCAGUGGUACGGCUGGUCGUUUUAUCUUGCCUGGCUGGGGGUGGCUACGUGUUUAGGCACGAUGACGCUGUUCCUGAUCGCGGCAACCUGCCUGCGGCGGGAGCAUGCUCGCGAGCAGGCACAGAACAUACAAUACAUCAUGCCAGUAUAUCCUCAAAAGCAACAAUACGCUUAUGCUGGUUAUCCAGCACCGGCAGCGUAUCCAGGACCUUAUUAUCACGGAUCACAGUAUGGACCCUACAACUACUGAAGAAGAUCUGUAUCAUCUCUAUUAAUGGAGGAAAGUGUCUAGAGCGCGAAAUAUUCUGAAACGUGCUCAUAAUGAAUAAAACAUUAAAUAUUUGGCAAACGAUGAUUCCCGAAGGGAAUGUUAAAAAAAAAAAAAAAAGAAAAAAAUGAAACGAACAAAAAACGAGGACUCCUGGAGGUCGAUCGUAAAUCCCAAAUCGUACCUGCACGAAGGAAGAAAAAGAAAAAGCAGAGAAGAAGGACGACCUUGGGUCCCACCCUAGAUAUAAUUUAUCACUUACUUUAAACGCCACGUUACGGACGUUCUGGUGCAUAUAUACCCGUCUGGGUCCCACGAUCUUCCAUCUCUUUCAGUUUUCUCUUUCAGCAGGUGUCUGUUUUGGUAUGUGAUCGCUCGUAUGGGAUUCGCGAAAAAGACAGUUGCUCAAAAACAGUCCGCGUACUUAGAACUGAAAUGAUUAUAUAUAAUAUUAUUUUUUUCUUUCUAAAAUCUAAUAUUUGUACUACAUUAUUCUUUGUACGUGCUGAUCGCGCUAGGACAAUAAUAAUGAUAAUAGUAAUAAUAAUAAUUACAUUUUGAGCGUGGGAGAGAUAUAUUUGAUUAUAUAUUUAAUUGGCUAUAUGAUCUUUCUCAGGGGAAUGAGAAACGAUUUAUCGUUCGACAUUUAAUCAUAUAAUUAAUAACAAUAUUUCGAUGUCGAAUUUUUGAAAGUACUACAUGACUUUAACCGUCAAUUUUUAAAGUGUCUUACUUUCAGUUACCUUUUUUUUUUAUUGUAAAUUAUAUUUUUAAAUAAUCUAUAUUUGAAUUUUAAUAAAAAAAUUUGUAAAUUAUUAUAAACAGAAUAAUUAUGA